CACAGUCAAAGAAGUGUUUGUAAGGGGGCGCUCAAAGUGUAACUUCCCCGACGACAAGUCCUUAGACGAACCGGCACCCGUUGACUAGAGGUACCCCAAGCAAGCGACCAACAGGUGAUCAAGGCUGCUGCGUGAGAUUGACGGCAGAGCGAUAGAACGUCUCCGUGAAGGACACAUUCACGAAAGCAACCCACCAUGGAUUUACCAACCAAGCCGAUGAUGAAGGUCGAGUACGAUAGCUUUGAAAUCUUGGCCACGCUCGGCACGGGCACGUUCGGCCGCGUGCGCCUGGUCAAGCACAAAGAGAACAACACCUACUACGCGCUGAAGAUCUUGAAAAAGUGCGAGAUCAUUCGGCUGCAGCAACUGCACCACAUCAAAUGCGAAGUGGAGAUCCUAAGCAAGAUCGACCACCCGUUCAUCGUCAACUUCCUCGGCAGCUUCCAGGACGAGAAGCGGUUGUACCUUGUGCUCGAAUACGUACCCGGUGGCGAGUUGUUCUCGUACUUGCGCCGGCAAGGAAAGCUCACGGACGACGCGUCGCGCUACUAUGCGUCCCAGCUGGUCCUUGCCAUCGCGUAUCUCCACGGGCUACACAUCAUCUACCGCGACCUGAAACCAGAGAACCUCCUCAUCACCCACGACGGCAGCAUCAAGAUCACGGACUUUGGAUUCGCUAAACGUGUAGAGGACAAAACGUGGACGCUGUGUGGGACACCAGAGUACUUAGCACCCGAGAUCAUUCAGAGCAAGGGGCAUGGCAAGUCGGUCGACUGGUGGGCUAUCGGCGUCUUGAUCUAUGAAAUGCUGGCAGGGUACCCGCCAUUCUACGACGAGAAUCCGUUUGGGAUUUACCAGAAAAUCCUCACGGGCAAGGUGGAAUACCCACGGUACAUAGACAGCAAGGCAAAGGACUUAAUAAAGAAGCUGCUUACGCACGAUCGAACCAAGAGGCUGGGCUGCCUUCGAAAUGGCGCCGAAGACGUCAAGAAGCACAAGUACUUUGCAAACGUGGACUGGAAUUCCGUGAUUUCCAAAGGGGAUACUCCGCCGUACUUGCCGCCAAUCCACGGCCCCGGCGACCACGGCAAUUUUGACCAGUACCCAGAAUCCACAGAAGACACGGCCGUGGUGCUCACUGGCGACGACAAGGCAGCGUUCGACGCGUUCAACCUGUUCUAGUUGUCAUCAGUAGUUGUCCACACAGUCUCCCUCAACACCGCCACGUUGGGCUAGUGAGCCAGCGCGGCAGGAUGUGUAUCAUUUAGCCCCAACUCGGGACGAUAACUAGCGAGUGCGUCGCCGUAGGUCGUAAUUCACCUGAGUUUCGUUUUUUAACAUGCAGUAACCGUAAAUGCAAAUUGUCCGGAUACGACAGCCG